AUGGGAUAUGGGAGCUGGCGGGAACUGGCUAAGGCUCUGGCAGACAGGAAUGUCCCAGCUGGGGACCCGAGCCUCCAGUUUUACUAUCCUCAGAAGCUGGGACAGCAGAACCAAGAGCAGCAGAGAGGUGGGAGGAAUAAAUCAAAUUAUGCAGCUGUGGACAAGCCUGUUCCAUGGAUGCCAGAGUUCCAGGGCCAGGCCAAUCUGCACGUGUUUGAGGACUGGUGUGGCAGCUCCACUGAGCAGCUCAGGAAAAACCUCCACUUCCCCCUCUACCCGCAUGCACGAAUGACACUGAAGAAAUUGGCUGUGUCCCCAAAAUGGACCAACUACGGUCUUCGAAUAUUUGGCUACCUACAUCCUUUCACUGAUGGGGAGUUUCAGUUUGCCAUUGCUGCGGAUGACAAUGCUGAGUUCUGGCUGAGUCCAGAUGAAAAGAUCUCUGGUCUCCAGCUGCUGGCCAGUGUAGGCAAGACAGGGAAGGAGUGGACAGCACCAGGGGAGUUUGGAAAAUUUCACAGCCAGCGGUCAAAGAUGGUGAGGCUGUCAGCUUCAGGCAGGUACUAUUUCGAGGUGCUGCACAAGCAAGAUGACAAAGGAACAGACCAUGUGGAAGUAGCAUGGAGACUGAAUGACCCAGAAGCAAAGUUCAAAGUCAUUGACUCCCAAUACCUCUCUCUUUUUGCUAACGAGACGCUUUUGAAGAUGGAUGAAGUGGGGCACAUCCCGCAGACGGCAGCCAGCCACGCGAGCCGGCCUGCUGUCAACGCGGGCAGCAAGGCACACCCAGCCGACAUGUUGAAGCCUGACCCCCGGGACACUCUUUAUAAAGUGCCUCUGCUCAGCAAGUCGCGUCUGCGCCGCACCUUGACAGACUGCCCUUACAAGCCCAGCUACCUGGUGAACGGAUUUCCUCUGCAGCGCUACCAGGGACUCCAGUUUGUUCAUUUAUCCUUUGUUUACCCGAAUGAUUACAGCCGCCUGAGCCACAUGGAAAAAGACAACAAAUGCUUCUAUCAGGAAAACCCUUAUUACUUGGAAAGAUUUGGAUUCUACAAGUACAUGAAACUUGACCAGCCAGAGAAAAGACAGGACUCUGGAGAGAAGAGAGGGCAGCCGGGUUUUCCAGAGGGGAACAUGGAUGACCUGCAGUACGCAGACCAGGAUGUGGAGAGUACGAGCCCUCCCGGGCACCCUGGUGCACGCAGGGCAGAGCUGGCAGGGAACGCUCCCAGCAUGAUGGCUGGCUAUGAUAACAUUUAUGAGGACUAUUCCCUCCACAAGCAUCGCCGGCUCCUCUCAGUUACGGGCAGCAACUUAGGAGAAGCACUGCAGAGAAAAGGUGCAACGAGGCCUGCCGUAAGAGCAGCCCCACUGGCCUCCAACCAAAGCCUCGGCUGGAUGGGCCUGGAGAGGAGCCCACUAAUGAAGAAAACCCAUUUAAAAGCUAGAGUCAAGGACAACUCUACAAGCCCUCUGCAGCAUGCCAGAGCUGCCCACGGGGAAGCACCGGUCAAAAAAAACAAGGGGAAAUCUUUUCCUACCGCGUGGCCUCUAAAGGAACAGCCUCUCCGCAGCUCCAAGGACACAUCCAGGAGGACUGGUAGAGGCAUGAGGCCUCUAGGAGGUCUAAGUGCAUCUCAGAGCCAGCUGCAGCCAACAGGCACUGCACGAGCCAGGGAACGAGCCCCCGUCUCCGGCAAAGCAAGCAGGAGCGCAGCGAGCGUGGCCAGGCUCAGCAAGCAGCCGGCUCCACAGGCACCAUGGCUGAACCAAGCGGAGUCCCACCCUGCUGAGCAAACGGUGGCCAACAGCAGGGACUUGGGUGAAACAGAGAUGCAGGAGGCAUCUCCUACAAAAUCUGCAGCUAUUGAGACAGCAGAGGAAGAGGAGGAGGUAGAUGGGGAGCCAGAGGAGGAUGAGGAUGGGUUUGAUUAUGUACCAGUGUUUGACCAGGCAGUGAACUGGGAGCAGACCUUCAGCAUGAACAACCUGGACUUCCAUAUGCUGCGCACGGACUGGAUUGACCUGAAAUGCAACACAUCAGGAAAUUUGCUGCUAAAAGAGCGAGAGGCCAUGGAGGUCACUCGCGUCUUCUUAAAGAAGCUCAACCAAAGGACUAAAGGGCAAUUCCAGCUGCAGCGUAUUGUGAACGUGGAGAAACGCCAGGACCGCAUGCGGGGGAGCCGCUACCUGCUGGAGCUGGAGCUGCUGGAGCGAGGAGAGCGGCUUGUCCGGUUCUCGGAGUACAUCUUUGCACGGGGCUGGCAAGGCGUCAGCGGGGACGAGCAGGAGGAGAGGACCAUGAGGAGCCUAGCGUGGGGUCGCCAGCGGCACCUGAUGGCUGUAGCUAACGAGCCAGAGUUGUGCUGGCCCCAGGGCUUCACCUGGAACCACCGGGCUGUGGUUCACUUCGUCGUGCCAGUGAAAAACCAAGCACGCUGGGUGCUGCAGUUCAUUUCUGACAUGGAAGAACUGGUCAGAGUCACUAAGGAUCCGUACUUCAAUGUCAUCAUAACAGACUACAGCAGCAAUGACAUGGAUGUAGAAAAGGCUCUGAAAAGGUCCAGCUUACGCAGCUAUCGGUACCUGAAGCUGACAGGGAAUUUUGAGCGUUCUGCUGGCUUGCAGGCAGGGAUAGACCUUGUGAAGGACCCACACAGCAUCAUUUUCCUGUGCGACCUCCACAUCCACUUUCCAGCUGGGAUCAUUGAUUCAAUUCGGAAGCACUGUGUAGAAGGCAAGAUGGCAUUUGCACCCAUGGUCAUGAGGUUGCAUUGUGGCAUGUCUCCACAACGGCCUGAUGGCUACUGGGAGGUGAAUGGGUUUGGUCUCCUGGGCAUAUACAAGUCUGACCUGGACAAGAUCGGAGGGAUGAACACGAAAGAGUUUCGGGACCGGUGGGGAGGAGAGGACUGGGAACUCCUGGACAGGAUUUUACAGGCUGGGCUGGAAGUGGAGCGUCUCUCCCUGAGGAACUUUUUCCAUUGGUUUCACUCAAAGCGGGGCAUGUGGAACCGACGCCAGCUGAAGACAUCGUAGCCUUGAACCCCAAGGCUGCCUGUCAGAGUCAUCCACCUUCUGACCCCA